GAGACGCGGUGUGGCGGAUGAGCACCAUUUCGAACUCCGCCGAACGCGUCAAACAAGAUGCCACGCGUGUUGGCCCGCGUUCAAUCUCAUCUCUCCCCGCUUCCACCUCGACGCCGCGCCAACGCCCCGCCUCGCCCUCCCGGCCCCUGCCCCUCACCAUGUCGGAAGAAUUCACCGACAUUUUGGGUGGAAAGCUCAACAUAGCACCAGAGCUCCCUUCCUCGUGGAGUCGCCGAUUUCUCACGGUCUUCUUGCUACCCCUGCUUUUCAUCCUGUUCAUCUGGCUCAUUGCGCUCCCAUACUAUCGUGAUUGGAAGGAGGAACAUCACCGAAAGGCUGUCCGUCGGAGAUUCGGUAUUCCAGAUCACGAUACUCGCGCAUUCGUUGUGGCCCAUGCUGCUGUUAAGGCCGCUAAGGAAGAAAAACUCAAAGCUGAACGACGAGAAAAAGAAGCUCAGGCCAACGGAAAUGAGGAAAAGAAGCAACGCGAAGCGACGGGGUCCAUGAUUGCAUCGCAAGCUGGCGAUCACGCGCCCCAACAAAGUGAAGAUGUUCGCGGAACAUCUAGAAUAGCUCGUGCUGCCGCGACCCCACCACCUGCAAGGCCUAAAGGCAUCCUAAUUACCCCUCCAUCUCCGGGCGUGACGCACUUUCCUGGCGAUUUUGAUGGGCCUUCAAGUCAACCUGCUGAUGUAUCCCCCGAGCCAAGCGUGCGCAUUCAUCGUCCUGGCCAGAUACCCCCAAAAAGCCCAUUCCCACCAGCUUUGAAGCGACCGCGCGACGAGAACGGACAGAACGAUACCGAUAGGGGAACGAAGAAAGGCCGCGCAAAUGGUAAACGCCGUGUCUCCUUCGAGGAUGAGAUGCAAAUCGUGGAAAUCUCGUUGCAAAAGCGAGGUUCAAAGAGAGUCGCUGACGCUGAGGACGAUGCGAGCAUCGAGGCUACCCGAGCGAGUGAUAGGGACAAGAGAGCUCGUAAGGGCUCCUUAGAGGUUGUUAUCGAGCAGUCAGAUGAAGAAAUGGACAUAGAAGAGGAUAGAGACACGAAUCUCUCUCGUCAAGCGCAACCAGCCAGCAGAGGGAAGAAGCGAGACCGGUCAGAAGCAGGUUCCACGCUUGAUCGCGAGGGAUCCUUCGGAGACGAUGAAGAUGAUGGCGAGCAGAAGGUCAGACGUCACAGGAAAAAACGAGCAACAGCGCAGAAAGAGCCAGGUAGUCGUGGACAAAAACGAGGACGCGAGGCUGAAGAAUCAGAGAGCGAAGAGGAAUCGGACAGUCCUAAGCGCCGAGACACGCGUAAGAAGCGCGGCAAGACCGACUUCGAGGACGAGAUAUCCAGUGAUCCUCUUUGCAAGGGCAGACGGAUUGGUGAGGAAUGGGACGCGAACGGUGUUCGUUACAAGGUUGGUCCGAAUGGACAGCGUCUCCGUCAAGCGCUCCUGAAGCGUUCUCGUUCGAGAUUCCCUAUGCCGAAGGAUUCUCAACAUCCGGAUCGUGCAGCCAACGUGGACAUUCUCGUGGAAAAGUGGCUCUCUGAAGAAGAGUAUCAGGCUGCAAAAGAGAGGCGCGAACUUGCAUGGCAGGAAGAGGAUGUUCAUGGUGAUGUAGAAGACUUCAUGAAAGCGGGUAAAACCAUACUCUACGCUCCCGCUGCGGCGCACGGUGCUGCAUCAAUCGUCGCCGGUCUUGGAAUUCACGUGAACCCCUUCCAGCGGUCGCAGUUCGGUGUCACGCGUCGUGUAGCUCCCAUAGUAAACCCGGCCCUUCCGGCUGCACCGGACGCUCCCAAGCCUCGCCCCGUUCGGUCGUACUCUAAAUGGGAGAAACAGGAUCUAGAGGCUGCUGCAAUGUCCAGGAUUAGAGAGAAGGCGGCUGCAGCGGAGGAGGCAAGGAAGGCAGCAGCAACCCGGUCAUCUCAAGCAUCCAUUGUUACCACCGUUUCAUUCGCUCCAGCAGCGACCCAGCCGAGCAAUAACGUGCCUGCCACAUCCAACAUGUUCUCUACUCCCCCAACGAGUGGACCUAGCACAACGACAUCGAACGUACUAAGUGCCUCGUCGGUCGCGGCGCCUGCGGCUACGAAACCUGCUUCUCCUGCCCCUUCGGCUCCCACGCUUGCUUUUUCUUUCCCUUCCUCUAUUCCUACAACUUCCCAGAUGGGCCCUCCCUCCCUGAUCCCCACUCGCUCGUCAGGAAGUGUCGAGAGUCAGCCAGCUGCCUCGGCGUCCACUGGGACUGCGCAAGGAGCACAGCCCUCUGCUCAAAUGCAAACCAGUGGCACGGCGCCCGCACCGACAUUUUCAUGGACCAAACCCCAAGGUGCUACCACUCUUGCUCCACCUGCUGUCUUCCAGCAACCUGCUAGCUCUGCCUCCAGCUUCAAUGCACAACAGGCUGGGAUGAAUGCUGAGCCUGCUGCUCCUAGUGGCACUCCUUCUCUACUGAGCCGUCUCGGGCCUCAGGUUUCAUCAGCCCCAGCUCAGCCUGCCGGUCCUUCAAGCGGCAUGCCGACAUUCACGUUCACGCCGCCGUCGGCACCCCCGUCGAGCAGUACCGCCAAUACCAGCUCAUUCCAGACUGCACCGUUUUCGGCCACGAACACGAGCAGUGCUGCCGCUCCUGCACCAGCGACCGCUGCACAGGCUCCAUCGUUCUCCUUCAAUUUCCCACAGCCAUCGCAUGCUGCUACUCCUGCCAUCACGAUGUCAAGGGCGACUCCCCCGGAUGAUGUGAUGAAUGUUGAACCGGCGAAGCCAGCAGAUUCGAUGUUUGUAUUCGGGGCGCCUACUCAGACUGCACCUAACCCGCCUUCCACGUUCACCUUUGCUCCUUCGACGCCAGUAAAGCCCUCAUCGGUUUCGUUCGCGAAUGUGAGCACCCCGCAGUCCUCAACUACCCCGACCUCGAACCCAUUCUCCACAACACCGAAGGUCCCGCCCCCGCAGUCUGUGUACGGCGGCUUUGGUUCAGGCGGACGUGCAUUGACUGCAGCGCCAUCUGGCAAUGCUGUACCAUCUUCGCAGCCAAUGGUUCAGCAGAACGUCCCUCAGUUCGCGUUCUCACAACCAGCCCCACAGCCCACGUUCUCACAACCAGCCCCACAGUCCACGUUGGGAGGGAAUGCGUCGGCUCCAGCUGCUCAACAGGGCACUGUGAGCUUCAACUUUGGACCAACUUCUGUUCCGGGUGCAGGAUCCAGCAUGGAGGGUCAGCAGAGCACCUCCCAGUUCACCUUCGGGUCCGGGAAGGGCACGACGACCCCAGUCCCUAGCGCGCCCUCGCAGAGUCAACAGCCGCUGUUCCAUUUCGGAGCGUCUGCACCUAGUGCGAACGCUACAGUGAAACCGGGGUUUGGCACUCAGCAACCGGCGUCGACAAAUGCAUUUGGUGGCCAGCCUGCUGCCUUCAGUUCAGGCUUUAGUGCUCAGCCGAAUGCUCCAACUCCCGUUGCCAACCAAGCCGCUGGCGGGUUCGGGAGUCAGCCAUUGUUCGGCGGGCAGGCCACGAAUCCCAACCCUCAGCCUGCUCCGAGUGCUCCCAUGACAGCUAACACAAAUGCCAGCACGCACCAAUUCGGGGCCGCAGCACCUCCGAUUUUCAUAUUUGGGAAGCAGAAUUAAAAGAAGAGGAUGGGGUGAGGAUCAGUUUUGGAUCUGUACGCGAGCGUUUUGGGAUAGUGUAGCGUUGACGUACGAUACGCAUUGGCAAUGGCAAUGGCAUGUAC